CCUGGAAGCAGUGUUUUGGCUCAGAAAGCAGAAACGACAUGACUUCACCUCCUCUUCUCCUCCAGUAUCUCCCGCCACUACCUUCAGCUACUACUUACAGACAGAGGCUGAAACCUCCGCGCCGUGCGCACGAUAGCGUAUCCGGCGCAGGAAGAACAUCACCACCUAAUGUGAUAGGUUGCUGUGGAACGAAAAGUGGGAGAAGAGGAAGUAGUUCGGAUGACUACCACGCCACUCUCAAAGCUCUCAAUUCCAGAGGCCGCUUUCCCAGAAAAUCUCUCGGCCAGCACUACAUGUUGAACUCUGAGAUUAACGAGCAGCUUGCAAAUGCUGCUGAUGUUGGAGAAGGUGAUGUGGUAUUGGAAAUUGGGCCAGGAACAGGCUCUUUGACUAACGUUCUUAUUGAUGCAGGCGCAAUUGUUCUUGCAAUUGAAAAGGAUCCACAUAUGGCUGCUCUUGUGAAUGAAAGAUUUGCAGGCACAGACAGGUUGAAGGUUUUGAAUGAGGAUUUCGUCAAAUGUCACAUUCGCUCACAUAUGAUGCCACUGAUAAAUAGUAUAAAGCCCUUGGGCAGAAAUUCAAGAUAUGCAAAAGUAGUUUCAAAUAUACCCUUUAAUAUAAGCAAGGAUGUGGUAAAACAACUUCUUCCACUGGGUGACAUUUUUUCAGAAGUAGUUCUUUUACUCCAGGAGGAGACAGCAUUGCGCUUGGUGGAAUCAUCUCUGCGGACCUCUGAAUACCGACCUAUCAACAUCUUUGUCAAUUUCUAUUCAGGACCCAGCCUGGGAACAUGUCUGUCCUUCAGAAUUGCUACUUCAACUUCAAGUGAUCCUGAAUUCAAAUUUAAGGUGCCAAGGACAUGCUUUUUCCCUCGGCCUAAUGUUGAUGCUGCUGUUGUCACAUUUAAGCUAAAGCAACCUCAAGACUACCCCUCAGUUUCUUCCACGAAAAGCUUCUUCUCAAUGAUCGCUUCUGCUUUCAACGGGAAGCGCAAGAUGCUGCGAAAAACACUCCAGCACAUAUGCACCUCCUCUGAGAUUGAAGAGGCUUUAGGAAACAUUGGUCUACCAGCUACGUCAAGACCAGAGGAGCUCACUUUAGAUGAUUUUGUGAGGCUGCACAAUGUGAUGAUGGACAUUUAAAGUUCAGUGGUUUUCCCGGAAAUGCAUCCUCAAAAGAAGCUUGCAGGCACAAGCACAUAUGCUCUUUCAAUCUUUUGACUUGCACCUGAUUACUUUUAAACAGGGCAGCAUCACAAUGGUGAUAAAUUGCUGUAGCUAAUUAGCUAAUCCCAGUGUUUGCCUGAAGAUGAAUGGAAAGUCCACUCAGAGAGCUCAUAUUGUAAAAAUGUUUCCAAAGAGAUUUGGCGGCAAAAGUUAAAGUGGAAGCGGCAUUUUUUGGCUCCCAACAAAUAUGUUCAUUAGGUUACAAUUGUACACCAUAUAAUGUUGUACUACUUUUAGGUUACAAUUGUACAUCAUAUAAUGUUGUACUACUUUUAGGUUAAAAAUAAAAUAAACAAGGUAACACAUUCAUUCUGCAAUAAGAUCAGCAUACUGGGAGGAAAACCCAAUUUCUUGUUCA